AUGAGCACACCUCCUUUCAGGAUCACCUCAGGUGUUCCCGAAGCUCGUCUCAGUUCAUCUCCCUUAUCGUCACCGCAUUCCAGCACCCGACCCUUAUCCCGUGCAAGUGAAAACCAAGCACUCUCCGCUCUCAUUCGAGAGCCUGUUCACAGUGUACAUUCCUCCCCAGGAGAUAGCACUGUCAGUAUAUCUCGCGACGAUGACUAUACCAGAAACUCGCAUCCUGCAACAAUCAGGUCCAACUUCCCCGCAGGCGGAGGAGCACACGGGAGUAAGAAUAUGGGUGCGCACAUGAUUGCUAACACACCUCGAGACUCCAUUCUUCUGUCACCGGCCGGCACAAAAUUUGAUACGUCACCCACGCCAUCUGUCAUACUUACUCUCCAUCACAAUGAUGACAGAAAGGCCUCAUCGGCACCGACAUCACCUACAGAGAGGGUGUCACCUCUAGCGUCUCUCAGUGUGUCUGCGUUGUUGAACGAACACUCAGAUUCGCCUCGUGACUUACUGUACCAGCGUCACGACCCCCGGGGAGAUACAACACCACCGAAUGGGAUGCCGAGGAGAUGGUGGUCACGCCCACCUUCAAACGAGAGGGGGAGGUCUGUCUCUCCCUCAAGAGGGGGGAGUAUCCCCUUCCGUAGAAGUAGAUUCAGAGACGUUUCCACGCCCGAGUCGGACUCAAGUCUUCUGAUGUCGGAUGAUUUUGCGGAGCAGGAAGCUCCUUUUCCUUCUUCGUUGCACGACGAUCUGUCUCUUGCCCCUUUGUCCAACGGCCUUCUUUCCUUAUCUCGCGAGGAUCUUCCAGUCCACGAUCUUGAUGAGAGGAACACCAGCGAUGAAAUUGGGGAGACCGAGAGCUCGCUUUUGCUAUCCUCUCUCGAAGCUACUCCUGCCACCCUUGUAUCACCCGCUUCCCCCACGGCCGCACACAUAUACCCGCAGACCCUCAGGUCACUAGGUGUAGGGAUCGAAGAGGAUGAGCGGAGGGAUGACUUAGAGAAUAGCUUUUGGCCCAAGCUAUUCGGGAUGUCUCCGAAGUCGUCUCCAAAGUCCCCUAGUGCUGUUGUGGGGACAAGUGCGUCCGCAAGCGAGACUAAUCUGCAAGUUGAAGAGGGUCUUGUUGUCUCGAUGGAGACUUGGGACGGAAAAUCCCUAGACGUCCCUCCUUCGGUUAUGUCCCCUGGUUCGUCCUCGCCUACGAAAGGCAAGGUACCUGCACUGCUGAAUCAGGCAGUGUCCUCGGCAUUGCUUCAAAAACCGCUCUUUACUUCUCCUGGGAAAGGAAAAGGCAAGGGGAAGGCCCAAGAUGCACCUCAAGCUCAAAGUAAACACCCGGAAUCAUGGUAUGAUAAGUUCACUCAUCGUCAAAGCGCAAAAGGGUGGGAAAAGGAGAGUAAGGAGACUCAAGAUAGUUGGCUUCGGACGAGGGAGAACGUAUCCUUAGCGUUGAACGCCGUACUGCCUACCUCUGAGCUCGCACGACUUUCAGGUGCAGGAAAGGAAUUUGCGAUGGAGGGUCAGGCUGCUCGUGCCACCACUGAGCAGGACAGUAGUAAAGAGGUGGAAGCGUCUUUGAGUGCCGACAAAGGUGCUGUGAUCGGGAAUGGCCAGGGUACAGAGAGCAAGGUUGGGGCCGGUCGGAGGGCUGUGUUGACGGUGAAAUCUGCAGUAGUGACUGUCUCGCCCAUGCUUCGAACCUCCCUUUCAAUUCUUGGUGACGUCGCCACACUUACACCUAUCCCUGGGCUCCGUGAAGCUGCGAAGACCUUGCUGACAGUGUGGGAGGCUGUGGAUGCAGUUGAGACCAACCGCCUGCAAUGUCUCCGCCUUACUGAGCGUUGUGCAAGGGCGAUUUACUCUGUGCGCGCUGAGAUCGCGGAUGCUGACAGGGAGAUGGAGUCUCAGCAAGGUCAACAUGGUGAUGUCGGUAUUGUGGGGCUGGCAGUGGAGAUGGAAGGCCCCAUCGGGAAGCUGAACGAGUCCAUUGGGAUGGUGUACGACUUUCUUGUAAAGCUCAACCGUCGUCCAUUCAUCAAGCGGUUCCUGCGUAGCGACGAGAUUCAGCAGGAAAUUGAAGCAUGUGACAAGGCGCUCGCAGAUGCGAGGCAGAUGUUUAGCAUCUCAAUCCAAAUAAGAAUCCUUAAAGAAUGCAAACGCUUUGCGAGGGAGAGACACCCUACCCAUUUCUUCGACCGCACACCAAGGAUCGAGACACCAGCACUUCCAGAAUCACACGACAUUCUCCCAGCAGCACCUGGGUUGCGCAGGAGUUCCCCACCACAUAAUCCACCAUUGUCUUCGCUCCAAUCCGUGCAAUCCCAGGCUAACGACACCACCCCGCCCUCCGACGUGCCCAUCUCCCCUCUCGAUGAGCUUCAACACCUUCACACUGCUGAAAACGCCUCCGACAGAGAACAAGACCGUGUACUGUUCCACAACACACUCCAGCGUGUCAUCAGUGCUCAAAGGGAUGAUGAAGUGUUACAGGUACUAGAAGUGCGCCCAGAAGAAGUGCCUGAGGCAUUAAAGGCGCUUCGGAGAGCCGAAGAAGCGCUGAGGAGGGCAAGGGAAGCUAACGAAGGGCAAGGAGGAGAGGUAAUCGAAGAAGGCCUGGAGAGAGUAGUCAUGGAGACUGGGAUUGAGGCUAUGACGAGGUUGAGCAGUGUUGCCGUACAGAAGGCAGAUGAUCAAGAUGUGGAUGUUCCCUGGGAUUUACCGUCUUGGACUAUUACCCGCUACGAAGCCGACCGGCUCACCAUGAUCGGCAGCGGCUCCUUCUCCAAAGUCUACUUUGGCAGUUGGUCUGGGCGGCGUGUCGCCAUCAAAGUUCUCUCCCCCUACACCCCCGCACCCCUCUUCAGGAAAGCGGUGGAGAUAUGGAGGAAGCUAAAGCACGAGAACGUGUUGAGAGUGUGGGGUGCGAGCAGUGCACAAGGCGAGCGACCGUGGUUCAUCGUGAGCGAGUAUUGUAGUGGCGGGAGUUUGGUGAGGUGGUUGAGAGAGAGGAAGGGGAGGGUUGGUGAACCAAGCGCUGAGGGUGCAUUGACUCCUCCGGGUGCAGGCGCCAAGGGAGAUAUGGAUCUUCUCCGGUGCAUGCACCACAUCUCGAAGGGGAUGGUGUACUUGCAUGGUCAGAAUGUGUUGCAUGGAAACCUCAAGGCUUCGAAUGUAUUGGUCGAUGAUAACGGGCGAUGCGUCAUCUCUGACUUUGGGCAGAACGAGAUGCAGUGGGAGGCGUCGAGAAGGAGCGGGAAGCCCAUUACGAAUGGAGCUCUACGCUGGCAAGCACCGGAACUACUCAAUGGAGCCAAGGAGCUGUCGACAGCUACGGAUGUGUAUGCGUUCUCUAUCUGCUGCAUUGAGAUUCUUGGCAUGGCCGACCUUCCAUACGGAAAUCGUGACGACGAGCUUGUUACGUUCCUUGUCCUGCGCCAAAACAAGCGUGCUGAGAUUCCCUCGAUACGCAUCACUUCACUCGUUGAACCUCUUAUCCAAGAAUGUUGGGACCGUGACCCUGAGCAACGCCCUGUGUUUACUCACGUUGCUGCGACGCUCAAGCGACUUCGUAAGCACCAAGGGGUGGAGGAAUCCCCUAUCCCAGUGCAGGCCGAGCUUCUUUUGGAGGCUUGGUCAGAGCCGCCCCACCACUCGCCGAGCAUGCAUCCUCUAGAACUACCGGAGACGUCUCCGUCUACCCUACAAGAAGGUCCAGUCAUGCUGGGCGACGACUUAGAUGCAAGUGUGGGAGACGAGUUUGGUACUGCGUCCGAGGGUACGGGAAAACUUGUUCCUGGCGAUACGGCGUCGUAUGGAUCGCAGUCAAAACCUUUCCAUCCAAUUGGACAGCUAUGCAGCAAUCCAUCGGAACUUACCGUGGACCCUCAUACGGAUGAUAUGGAGAUGCCCGAGGGUAAAUGUUCAGGAAUUGCUAUCUAUACGCCGACUCGCAAAUUAUCUUUGGCGGAGAGCGAUUCGAUGAGUAGUGCCUCGUCGCAUCUCACAUCAAGUUCAGAAGCCGAAUAUAGCGCGUUGGAAGAGGCUCGACAUCAUCGUCGUUCGCACCAUGUUGCCCUAGGAUACGAAGCGUCUCUACCAAUGGAUGGGCAACUCGCAGAGAGGAGGAAUGAGUUGCGGUUCAGGUCGUUAGCACGGUCGAGCCAUGGGUUCCAUCAUUCCCUUACCUUACCCCUUUGGUCACCUUCUCAUGUUGAGCUGGGGGCGGUUGGAUAUCUCUCUGCUCCAAAAGGGGAGUUUAUCACGCUCUUUAACGCCAUGAAGCCACAGCAAACAUCAGGAAGCAAAAUUACGAAUAUUCCUUCGCUAGGCGGGUACCUUGAGGGACCUAUUCGCACUGGACAGAAGUUCAACACAAACCGCACGAUGACGCAGAGGGGACUUGAGCUCAUUUCCGGGUUGUUGACUCUGAUAGAUCGUGAUGGGUCAUAUUCGGAACGCAUUUCGAGGCGUCAUUCGUUCGCCCUUCAAGCGGGCCAUAAGGCAGCAUUCAUCUAUGCAGAGACCACGAUGUACCGAUUCAUGGAAGACCUCACAGCACCGAGAGAAUGGUUCAAGGCCAAUGUCAACGCCAUUGUCAAGGAGUAUGCUCCUCAUCAUCCCAUUCAGAAAGAAGACCUUAUUGUGGUUUUCGGUACUUUGAGUGCACCAGAAUAUGCGCUCUUCGUGAGCCACUCUCAUCCGAAUGGCCAAGCCCAUUUCAACAUCUUUUCGGAUCGCGAGAGUAGUCGACCAUGGGGCACCUUCACCACAGAUACCGAGUACCCUUCCGAUGAGGGUGGCCCCUCAUACAUUGAAGAGAUACCCCGAAAGGCAGUGUUUGCGAGCAAAGUAUCGCCAGUGCGGAUGAAUGCUAAGUCUAGUGACAAGGACUGGGACACGUUGGUGUUAGCCAGGCUUCGCUUCCCCACGGAUGCAACGGAGCCUACUUGGCAGUAA